AUGCAACGGCAAGCAGCCGAAAGAGACAGGCUGGCUGAGAGGGAGAAGCGGAAGGCUCUGUGGAGCACUGGAGCUUCAGAAGGGUUCGGUGCCGGUGAUGGGAGGUUAACUGCGAAUGGCUGGGAGAGUAGCCAUUUUCACUCGACCAAGGAGCGGCUGAAGUUUUUGCGCUUGAUGGGUGGACAGAAGUUUGUUGAUGCAGCCCAAAACUUGGAGGGUGAGCUAGAUGACGAAAAGGUCUUUGAGCUGAUUGCUGGAGAAUGGGUCGAAGCAAAAGAGGAUGAUGAGGAGGAG